AAUGUAAAUAGAAAGUAGUAUGAUAUAUGUAGCCCGAUGGAAUGAUGGAUGAAUUGUUUCGUAUUUUUAAAUGUAUUUUGUAUAUUAUACCAACUUCUCUGCUUGUAGAACCUUAAUGUGAAUAGUAUGAUAUUAUGUUACGCAGUGACGUGGUUGAUUGUUACGCAACAACUCGCACAUUGUGCGCCAUUUCUCUAUAUUUUUCAAUGUAUGGUCUGUAAUGAGUUUAUUAUUAAGAAUUAUAACUCGCACAUGCCAUCGUAUGAUUAUAGAUAUCAUUAUUGAAGACGCAGUUGAUAACUAUUUUCCAACCAGUGAUGUUUUUGAUUUCUUUAUUUAUAGUUUCCUUCCUUUCAUGGCUGCAUGGAACUAUACUUUAUUCAAGGGAAGAAAAGCAGUACGGUUCAGAACUUUUGUUAACUUGGUUGAAACUAACUUGGUUAAAUACGCCAUACCAUUCGGUUGUUGUUGUGUUAACAAAGAUAUUUCGUUCCAUCAUCCAAUGACUUAUUACUUUUUGGCAUUAAUGUCAUUAGAUGCUAUAAUGAUAAUAUAUUGGAUACUUAUAAGUAGUAUAGAAAGGGAUUUGUCGAUUUUCAGUAUUGAUCGCAUCGGAACAUUGGAAAAUAAUUGUUGUCUUAAAAUUUUUCACCUGUUUUACUUGUUUGUCCAAGUUAUUUUUACUACUUAUAUACAAGUGCUUAUUGUUCCUAUCUUGACACUUUAUUAUUUUCAUCAAAUAUUUUCCGUGGUUGAAUGUGCUUUAUUCUACGGAAUAACACUAUUACUUAUUUUGUUUUUGAGUUUAUUUAUUUGGAAAAAAUUAAGUUGUUAUUUUGCUGUGACUUUCUUCAACUUUUUAUUUAUUGCGUUACAUAUUGUGCUGUUUAUUUCACCAAAUGGCUAUUUUACCAAAGCAGAGAUUGGAGUAUGCUUUCUUUAUUUGAGUAAUAUGUUUAAACUCAAUGAAUUAUAUGGUAGCGUGAAUGCAUAUGAUCCAUAUCUACAGACCAUGUUUGAUCAUUAUCAAUCUGUACGAUGGUUGGGUUUUUGGAUAUUUUAUUCAAUACGUAAAGGUCUCAAAGAAAGCCGGCUUGGUGAUCUUGUUUAUGCUGGAAGAGAAGUUAAUUUUUAUAAUUUGAAUAGUGGUGAUCGCAAAGACUGGUGGUAUAUUUACGAACUAUGGGAUUAUAAAUUUGUUAAAGAGGUUCAACGUGAUAAGAACAGAAGAGAAUUAUAUAACGCUAUAAUAGAAUAUGAAAUGAUUUAGUUUUUUAAUUAAAUUAUUACCAUAAGAAAUUUACAUAUACUUUUUUUGUACUUUUAACUCGUAUUUUUGAAGAUAAUUAAUAAAAUUAAUCAAUUUUUUGCUAAAGUGAUUCUUUUUAGUAAUGACUGUCUUAUGUACAA